CUUAAAAAGCAGAACUGUUCUGCUCACCCAUUUCAAAAGAUAGUUCUUCAAUUUAGGAUAAACCUGCAGACGUCUGUCGAUACAGCUGUUGAAAUAUAUCAUCAAAAGAUCACUGUUCUUGAGUAGAUCAGAAAUCAUCAGAAUACAGAAAAUGCCAAUUCCAUACGAAAGUUUGCAUGGCAGCCAAUGGUCUCCAAGGAAGCGUGCAGGUGUUGUGACCAUAGUUUUUGCAAUGGGAGCUCUGACUGUACUGGGCGUCAUACUAGCCGUGACUGUGUUGGAACGGCCCCAACCUGCUCACAACGGGACACUUCCUGCGAAUAACGUGUCUGCUGAGAAUGCUUCGACUGACCAAUGCAGAAUUAUUCUAGUGGAGAGCAUUCCCUUGGGUGUGACCUAUGACGAGGACAACGUCACCUUUGGUGUCCCACUGGAACAAGCCUGGAACGACCUCAUCUCCCUGGCCACUGAGAACGUCGAGGUGGCUUCUUUUUACUGGACCUUGACUGGUGGAGAUGUAAACGUCAAUUCCUCCUCUGAACUACCUGGUGUGAGUAUUCUGGAGAGAUUAAAAAAGUUGCCUAGGAGGAACGUGGCGGUGCGGGUGGUCACCAGUGAGCCCACUGUUUCGAACAACUCUACUGACCUCAAUAUUCUGCUUGAGAACGGGGUGGAGGUAAAGAGGGUGGAUUUUGGACGAUUGACUAAGGGAGUUCUUCACAGCAAAUUCUGGAUAGUAGACAAACGUCAUGUUUUUAUCGGGAGUGCCAACAUGGAUUGGAGAGCCCUCACAGAGGUUAAAGAAUUAGGAGUGCUCAUCUACAACUGCACCAGCCUAGCAAAGGACCUCUACAAGAUUUUCCAGUCUUUCUGGGAGAUGGGCGAAUCCAACAGCUCCCUGCCUGAACCAUGGCCCUCACACUACGACACUGCCAUUAACAAAGAUCACCCCCUGGUGGUGGAAGAUGGUAAUGUUUCCAGCAGAAUCUACCUAUCAGGUUCUCCUCCAUCAUUCUGCCCCUCCUCCCGGACACUGGAUCUCGAGGCCAUCCUCUCGACCAUCUCAGAAGCCGAGCGCUUUGUCGAUGUAGCCGUGAUGGCGUAUUCCCCAACCUCAUGGCUGGAACACCACAGAAGCUACUGGCCGGUCCUCGAUAACGUCCUCAAACGGGCAGCGUUCGAGCGGGAGGUUAAGAUCCGGAUGCUGAUCAGCUGUGGGCGGGACUCCAACCCGGCCAUGCUGCAUCACCUUCGAUCCCUCGCUUCCUUUAAUUACCCCCCCCAAAACAUCCGUAUCCUAGUGAGACUGUUUGUCGUACCUGUGGGAAACAAGACGGAUAUUCCUUAUGCGAGAGUAAACCAUAACAAAUACAUGGUCACUGAUAAAGUAUCAUACAUUGGUACUUCAAACUGGAUUGAGGAAUACUUUUCAAACACAGCAGGUGUCGGCCUGGUCGUUUCUGAACAGGCCCUAGACCCGCUUCAGAAGACCACAACACUGCAUCACCAACUUAAGGCCGUGUUUAAUAGGGACUGGAACUCUGAAUUUGCUGUAGACCUUGAUAACCUGGGCCAUAAUCCUGACUGUGCACUAUCAAGCGCACACAGAUAACAAAUUAGUUAGGACGGAAUGGCCAGGCAAACUUCUAAUUAAUCAAUGCUAUAUCCCAUUCAAAAUGUUAGCACAAUUAUGAUUGUGUUAUCGUGUUGAUAUCUUAAUCAUGUCUUGAAAUAUUUUAUGAUGCGAGCUUUUAGGGAGAUUAAUAUAGAACCGUCAGGGCCGCUCCACCAUAGUGUCGUUGUAUUUUAAAUCUUAAAUGGCAACCUAAAAUCCAAUAAUCUCUGCUGUAUUUUAACAUGGUAAUGGUGGAGAGCAUACAUAUAACAUUGUUUAGUGUGUGGUCAUAUAACCUACAACUUCGUCACAGGAAAUUAAACCAGGCUGUCUUUCUACAGAUUUUCCUGAGAUAAAGUAUAUUUAUGUGUAAAUGUUAUGUUUGUGUCCCAUAUGAGAUGUCUUGGUUUCACACCCGUUAUACAAUUUUAAAUGGGCAAAUGUUUAUAAAGAAGCUGUUGGAGAACCUUAUUCAAUAUUUUAUUAUUAA